CGCGGCGGCGGCGGACUACGCCUCCCGGCACGCUCCGCGCACGGCGCGGCUUCCGCUGGCGCGUGGUUUCCGGAGCGGAUCGGAACCCGGAGUCCGGAUCCGAUCCGGCUCGGGCCAUUCCCAGGGCAGGUUUAAAAGAUGGCUGAAGAUGGCAAUGAUGAGACUAUGUUUGUUUGGUGCGAGGACUGUGGGCAGUACCAUGAUUCAGAGUGCCCUGAGCUGGGCCCGGUGGUGACAGUCAAAGAUUCCUUUGUGUUGAGCAGGGCCAGAUCAUCUCUCCCUUCUAAUUUGGAGAUAAGACAAUUGGAAGAUGGGACUGAAGGAGUAUUUGCUUUGACUCAGCUAGUGAAACGUACCCAAUUUGGCCCAUUUGAAUCCAAGAGAGUUGCCAAGCUUGAAAAAGAAACUGUUUUUCCCCUAAAGGUGUUCCAGAAAGAUGGGCCUUUUUUAUACUUUGACACCUCAAAUGAAGAUGAUUGCAACUGGAUGAUGAUGGUGCGACCAGCCACUGAACACGAGCAUCAAAACUUAACUGCCUUCCAGCAUGACAAUGAUAUUUAUUUCACCACCUCCCGGGACAUCCCACCAGGAACUGAGCUGCGAGUGUGGUAUGCGGCUUUUUACGCCAAAAAAAUGGAAAAGCCAAUGCUGAAGCAGGUCACUAGUAUUUCCAAUGAUAUGUGCUUGGUAGUGAUGGAAUGUGAUAAAGAGGGGAACAAAGUCUCUCCAAAGCCCUCGACUGUCGUCUUCCCCCAUAAAAAAACGAAGAAAUCCAGCAUACCAGUAGCUGAUCCAACAGUGAGCACUCCAGAAGGCAGUGGAGCUGCAGAAGCAGAACCCAGCCAGUGGACAUGUAAAGUGUGUUCAUCUGCUUUCCAGGAGCCUCAGCUUUUGACAGAGCACUUGAUGAGUCACCUGGAACAAGCUAAAUGUGCCCCCCAAACCAGCCAAAGUGAGGUUGUUGCAGAUAAAGUAACAGAGGCUCCCCCUGCGGAUCCACCAGUGGUUUGUGAUGCUGCCAGUGCCAGUACAGACUCAAGGAGAAAGGCCAGGCGGGGAAGGAAGAUCAAAACAACAAAAGCAGAAACAGAAGCACCCCUUGUUGCUGAAGAGAAAGAUCCUGCAGUGGAACGUGUAGCUGACACUGCAGCUGAAGUCCCACCAGAAGAAGUGUCUCUGCCAUCAGCUGCAGAAGAGAGGAUAAUGGAAUUGGUUUUAGGAAAGGUGCCUAGCACCACGAAUAGCAUCAGUUCAGUCACAAAUAGGUUUGCUCAUCACCAAAACAGCAUGUCCCUCAAAAGAAGUUUAAUUCUCUCCAGUAGACAUGGUAUACGGCGGAAGCUGAUAAAACAACUUGGGGAGCACAAAAGAGUCUAUCAGUGCAGUAUCUGCAGUAAGAUCUUCCAGAACAGCAGCAACCUCAGCAGGCACAUCCGUUCUCAUGGUGACAAACUAUUUAAAUGUGAGGAAUGCGCAAAGCUGUUCAGCCGUAAAGAGAGCUUAAAGCAGCAUGUUUCAUACAAGCACAGCAGGAAUGAAGUUGACAGUGAGUACAGAUACAAGUGCACAACAUGUGAAAAGGCUUUUCGAAUAGAGAGUGCCUUGGAAUUCCAUAACUGCAGGACAGAUGACAAGACAUUCCAGUGUGAGAUGUGUUUCAGAUUCUUUUCUACAAACAGUAAUCUUUCCAAACACAAGAAAAAGCAUGGAGAUAAGAAGUUUGCGUGUGAAAUCUGCAAUAAGAUGUUCUACAGGAAGGAUGUCAUGCUGGACCAUCAAAGACGACACCUGGAAGGGGUGAGGCGUGUGAAAAGAGAAGACUUUGAACACAGCACGGAAAACAUGGUUCGCUACAAGAAGGAGCCUUCAGGAUGUCCUGUGUGUGGGAAGGUGUUUUCAUGUAGAAGCAAUAUGAACAAACACCUUCUAACACAUGGAGACAAGAAAUACACCUGUGAAAUCUGUGGACGUAAAUUUUUUAGAGUGGAUGUAUUGAGAGAUCACAUUCAUGUCCAUUUUAAGGAUAUAGCACUAAUGGACGAUCACCAGAGGGAAGAGUUCAUCGGUAAAAUUGGAAUCUCAUCAGAAGAAAAUGAUGACAAUUCUGAUGAAAGUGCAGAUUCUGAGCCUCACAAGUAUAGCUGCAAAAGGUGCCAGUUAACUUUCGGCCGAGGAAAGGAGUACUUGAAGCAUAUAAUGGACGUGCACAAGGAGAAAGGCUAUGGCUGUAGCAUUUGUAAUCGACGCUUUGCCUUGAAGGCCACUUACCAUGCACACAUGGUCAUUCACCGGGAGAACCUACCUGAUCCUAAUGUGCAGAAAUACAUCCAUCCAUGUGAAAUCUGUGGAAGGAUUUUUAACAGUAUAGGGAAUCUGGAACGACAUAAGCUUAUACAUACAGGUGUAAAAAGUCAUGCUUGUGAGCAAUGUGGCAAAUCAUUUGCUAGGAAAGACAUGUUAAAAGAACACAUGCGGGUCCAUGAUAAUAUCCGAGAAUACUUGUGUGCAGAAUGUGGCAAAGGAAUGAAGACAAAACAUGCACUUCGUCACCACAUGAAACUUCAUAAAGGGAUAAAAGAAUAUGAAUGCAAGGAAUGUCACCGAAAGUUUGCACAGAAAGUCAACAUGCUGAAGCAUUACAAAAGACACACGGGAAUCAAAGAUUUCAUGUGUGAGCUCUGUGGGAAGACUUUUAGUGAGAGAAAUACAAUGGAAACUCAUAAGUUGAUUCAUACAGUAGGAAAACAGUGGACGUGUUCAGUCUGUGAUAAGAAGUAUGUCACUGAUUACAUGCUCCAGAAACACAUACAGCUCACUCACGAUAAGGUGGAAGCCCAGAGCUGUCAGCUGUGUGGGACAAAGGUUUCUACCAGAGCAUCCAUGAGUCGACAUAUGAGGCGUAAGCAUCCAGAGAUUCUUUCAGUGAAGAUUGAUGAUUUAGAGCAGCUGCCAGAGACUACAACCAUUGAUGCCUCUUCAAUUGGGAUUGUUCAGCCGGAAUUAGCCUUGGAACAGGGAGAAUUACCAGAAGGAAAACAGCAUAUGAAAGCUCCUAAGCGUGGCCAGAAACGAAAGCAGAAGUCAGGUGAGGAGGAGGAAACUCAAGUUCCUGAGGACCCUGCUUUCAGUGAAUACACAGAGAAGGAAGCUGAAUUUACAGGAAAUGUUGGAGAUGAGACUAAUUCAGCUGUACAGAGCAUUCAGCAGGUGGUGGUGACCCUUGGUGACCCAAAUGUCACAGCGCCGUCCAGUUCUGUUGGACUGACAAAUAUCACUGUUACCCCCAUUACAACGGCAGCUGGAACGCAAUUCACAAACCUCCAACCAGUGGCUGUGGGCCACCUGACUGCUCCGGAGCGCCAGUUGCAGCUGGACAACUCCAUUCUCACUGUGACGUUUGACACAGUCAGCGGUUCUGCCAUGCUGCACAACCGCCAGAAUGACAUUCAGAUCCAGCCGCAGCCAGAGGCAGCCAAUCCUCAUUCUGUGGCCCAUUUUAUAAAUCUAACCACCUUGGUGAACUCCAUUGCUCCUCUAGGAAACCAGAUAACAGAACAGCAUCCUCUGACGUGGAGGUCGGUGCCUCAAACUGAUGUCUUGCAGCCCGCGGCACAGCCAGCGCAGCAGCAGUCAGGACAGCAACAGGUUCAAGCAGAGCAGCAGCAACAGAUGUAUAGCUACUAAUUUAUACUUUGAAAAUUUGAAGUGGACAGUAGAGACAAAAACACAGGAUGUUUGGAAAAUUUCUGAUAGGAUUAUUUGCUGGAUACCAAACAGAGAUGGGAAAGUGUUUAUACAAUGAAACGUAAGCUAAAGUUGGCAUCGCACCCUACAACACCUGUGAGAAUCUGUGAGGUUCUCACAUCAUCUCUAAAUCUUGCAAUGUUUUUAAAAAGAAAAAAAAUCAAAAUCAAAACCAAAACCAUCACUAAUUUAGUACCCCUGCUAAAUUGUACUGUGUAUUUUGCACUGUGAAUUUGGGGCAGUAAGAGUGAGAUUUGACAGGAAGCGUCAUAAUGCAUCUUAACCAAAGCAGGGAAAUAAUAUGGCACUGGAAAUUCAGAAAGCCUUUUAGCCAUAACAUGACACUUCCUUCCAGGCUGUAAACUUUAUACGAAGACCUCAUUGACAGUGAGCUGGAAUACACUUGUGGUCAGCUGGUAGAGAAUGAAAUGUACACAGCAAUGGGAGGAACAAUAAUUGUUUUCUUUCUCCUUUUGGUCCUUCUAACAACAUUGGUAUAAUAGGUGGAGGCUGGGACUUGAGGGUGGGGCUGAGUGUGGCGUGGAAAAAAAUAGACCAAUUUCACAAGUAUUUCCAUUUUAGUGAUGGGAAAAGCCCUGUACCCGUAACACUGUUAGUGCUACUUGAACCACAUAGCUGGUCUAAUACUAAAGCAACGUCUAUGGUCUUCUAGUCAAGUCGGAAUCAAACCAGUGAUGAACUGAAACAAGAAUGUGAUACAGUUUUAUGUAAUUUUAAAAAACUGCUCUUUCAAACUUGCUUUUAGCUAAUAGAUCCGAAGAGUAAUUGGUCCUCUUUGAUCAAGUUCAGGAUGUGAAUUUUUUUUCAAUUAGUCUUCUUUCAUCGUGUAAUAAACAUUUGAGAAAGUAUUCUUUUUUAUAUAUAUACAUAUAUAUAUAUAUAUGCCUUUGUACUUUAUUGUGCAUUUCUGGUGAAUAUUUGUGUGAAGGACACUUAUCAAUAUAAGUCAUUAAUUUUUUCAUCCCUGUAUUGCCCUGUCUCACAGAAAUAAUGCAUGAAUUCUAGUCCAUUCUAUUUCCAACUUUCAGAGCCACUCACAGUUGUGUGAAAUGCAAGACAAAAGAAAGCCUGAAGCAUGCUUGGCCACGUGGAGGCAGCAUGCCCUAGUGUAGAAGGGGCAAGGUUUGCCUGAAUAUUGGAGCUGUAAACUAGGGGGUUGGGCAGUCAGUGGGCGACAAACCCGCCCACAGCAGAGGGUUGGAACUGGAUGGGCUUUAAAGGUCCCUUCCGACCCGAGCCAUUCUGUGGUUGUGAUUCUAUGAAAUACAUCAAUGCUGAUACAACACUUUGAUUCCAUUCUCCACAUACUGAUGUGCAGUCUGGACAGUUGCAUGUCAAAAAGACGGUAUCUCUCCCACAAAUAAGAAUGGCUGCUAUGAAAAAGAAAUUUAACUAAAAACGAAUAACAAAAAAUAAAUAAAAAUAAACAGGUGCUGUCUGGAAUCCUGACAGCCAAAAUUGUCCUACCAGCUGCAGCCGAAGAACAAGUCCUUUCAGGGCUGCAAAUUGAGCCAACCUCAGAACCUUAAGAUUUUUGCCGGGUAUAAAGCAUCUGCUGUGUUUAACAGUGAAGAUAGAUUGAUGGUUGUAAAAAUCCUGUCUGUGCCUAUCAUAUUUAUGAAAAUGUUGUAUGUAUUAGCAAAAAUAUGAAUAGGAAUGAGUUUGUCUUUGAAAGUCUGUAUUAACAUGGACUACCUGACCCCUAAAUGAUGCCUUAGAAUCUCUGCAACAAAUCCUUCCAAAGUAUAAAUGACUGGAAAUUAAAGUUAACCUUCCAUGGCUUUCCUUGUGCCAUAUCAACAUCUAGAGGCAACGCUAUGCGAGGCUCUGCGUAAAGCCUAAUUGCAAUAGAAUGUGUUGCAAUUAGGAAAGGAUGUAACAAAGGAGUUCCUGGUGACAGAUUUUGUGUCAGAGGAGCAGAGCUACUUUGCUGCAAAUAUCAACAAGUCUAUAAAUGUCUCUAUGAGAGAGAUCUAAAUUUGAUGGGACAGGAAUGCGUAUCAGAAAGAGAAAACAUCUUUUACCAGUGCAGAAACAAAAGAAUUUUCCAUUCCUUAUUUGUCUUCCCCGGAUCCUUUUCAAACAACACUCAAUGAUCAUGUUGGCUUUUUUUUGGCCUCGCAAGAACUAGAGCUCGAUGCUCCUGUAUCAUCCGGAUUAUUCCACCACUGGCUCAGGCCAGGUAACCUCCUCAGCUGUCUUCUCCACAAGCGCAAAACCUAUUGGUCAUGAGGAAGCUGUCUUUCAUUUAUAAAAUGUGUUGCUUAUGUACUUUCAACUUUCUUCCUUUUGCUGAAUUUGGUGCCUAAUUGGGAAAAGUACAUUAUAAUUUGGCAGGGUGAAUGAAAAAAAAAGAGAAAUGUAGAGGUCCUGGAUCAAGUUAUUGUGGUAAAUAAAAGAUGGCUAUGAUCUAAAAAAAAAAUAUAUAUAUAUAUAUAUAUACAAACAUGGAAGGUUACAGUACUCCAUCUAUAUGUUUCUGGAAGAUUGGUUUUUUGUCCAUAGGCGAUAAUGCUUUUAAGUGGGAUUUUUUUGCCUCAGCUGCAGAGUGAGUACAACUAUUCUAUGUGAAUAGCACUGACAGUAGUAUUCAGGAAGCACUGAAUCAGUCUGAGCCAUUUUAACAUGUAAUUGCCUGACUAUUUGAAAUGAAUGGUGAGUGCAGGUCAUCACUCAUUACAGAUGCCUCUCUGACUUCACAAGACUCCUUUUCCCAAUGUGUGAUCCUCGGGUUUUCUGUAGUCUUAUACUGACUGUGUCAUCCCUCCUGCUCUCCCACAAAAUUUGACUCAGGCAAAGCAAAAUGUUGCACUUCUGAUAGUGAAUUAACCAAUUAUAAAAGGAACAAUCUGAUUGCACAAUAAAUGCUUGCAUGUUGGUGGUCACGUGGAAAAGAAAUUUCUCCAGUUUUCUGCUAUCCUCCAAAUCUUAAAUGAUAUUCUGCUAAAAUAUGGAGGAAAAAAAUGAAGCUCACCUCAAGCAGGCCAGGCAAUAGAAAGUUUUCAAAAAGCUGAACCUUCCAGAACACUCCUUUUAGAAAUAACUUUGACUUUCCCUGCAACCUUUGCUGUGUUAUCUUACCAUCUCUCAGUGUGACUUCUCUAUUACUACUAUUAUUAACAUCCCUAUGAGAACAAAACUGUAUCUUGAGUGUGCUGCCAUAGGAAAAGUUUCAAAAGAAAGCAUAUUUUUGGAGAAGUUGGAAGUUAAUUCCUUUUCAGGCGGCACUUCCUUGGAGAACUAGCGAGUGCCAGCUGCUCUCCCAACUAAGCCUUUUGCAAAUGAAUACCAAAGUUCUACUGAUGCUGUUACAACCUGCACAACAAAUAAAAAUACGUAAGGGAUUUGCAAUCUAAAUUUCAUUUGCCAAUUUGUUACUAGGCUUUUCAUCUAUAGGUUAUGAAGGUUACUUUAUUCAGCCAUGUGUUGGAGAUUUUGCAUAAUGACUGUUCAGUACCAAACUGGAAUUAUUUUGAGCCAAAGGAGUGAUGUGUAGUGCUGUGUACUGUCUUUGUUUAUUGGUAAGACUAUUAUUUAAUUGAAUGCUGUCUGUGGCACACAGGCUCUGAAGUAAAGGAGCAACAAGGUGCAGAA